GGCGUUGCCCCGGCAGCGGACUGAUUCACCUGUGCCUGCUUCUUCACGCCAACUCGGGAACGGUUAAAGAGGAGGAGAGGGCGGAGAGCCGAGCAGGGACCCGCGGGGAGGAGGGGAACACCCCUUUUCGGGUCCCUGCAAGAGUUUCCGCCUGGACCCUCGUCUCGGGUUCCUCUGCGGGAAUCCCGGGCCGCUCCGGGCUCCGCGGGGAGGGCCAAGGCCGUACGAAGGGCAAGGCAAGGGAGCCCGAGUCCCCGACCGCCUCCGUUGUCUAGGGGCGGGACAACGGCGGCUCGGGGACAAAGUGCAGGGAGACUCCCGAGGAGAUAAGAGGGAGAGGCGAAGGAAGGGGGCGGGGAGCCAGCGCCCCGGGACUCAAGGCUCGCGCUCCCGGAGGUCUUGGCCGAGAGCCGAGCUCAGCCCGCCGGGGAGGGGGCGCCCUAGAGCCUCUUCACCCCAGCCGCUGCCGGGAUGCCGAGAAGCCCCGCGGGCCGCGGCGGCCGGGCGGCUCGCGAGCGCGGGCGGCGGCCGGGGCCCGCUCGCGCCCGCCCCACCGAAGCGCGCGGGGCGGGAGGCGGGGCUGCCCGGCUCACCUGGCCGUUUGGGGCGGAGCCGCCCGCGACCCGGGGACGCGGAGGGAGCGGCGGUACCCACGGGGCUCUAGAGGGGCUUGCCCUGCGUACCCCGCCCGAGCUCCCACCCUCCCAAGCACACCCCCCCCCCCACCUCCCGCGCCGGGCCCUCUCGCGGCUCGCGGCCUCUCUCCCUCCCUCUCCCCUCCUUUGCUCCCUCCCUCCGAGCCCAAUUGCUCAAGCCGCUUCCUUCCCCAACGCCAGCGCCAGUUCCUCUCCCGGAGGGGCCCGGGAAGGGCAGCGAACGCUCGACACUGGAAGCGCCGCGGCGGCAGCGGCCGGACCAUGGCCGAGCCCCGAGGGGCCGCGAACCCGGGGCGCAAGGCCUCCCUCGCCGCCACCGCGCUGAGCUCGCGGAGCGCCGCGCCACCCCGCCCCCCGAGAGCGGACCCCAGCAGCCUGGGCAGGUACCGGGACCACGCCGCCGCGGCCGCCGCCUCCCGGGACUUGCACGGCUCGCCGAUGCUCUCGGGAACGGGCAGCGGCCGCCGGCGCGGAGCGCUGUGGGAGCUGCUGGGGCUGCAGGGGGCGGCCCCCGCCGGCUGGCUGUCGGAGGAGCGCGCCGAGGAGCAGUCCCCGGCCGGGCCGAACGGUCCGGGGGGCGGCGGCGGCGGCGGGCUGUGCCUGGAGCCCCACGAGCACGCGUGGAUACUGGCGGCCGCCGAGGGCCGCCUUGAAGUGCUGUGGGAGCAGCUGGAAGCCGAGCCCGGGCUGCUGCUGCGGUGCGACCCGAUCACGGGCUACACGGUGCUGCACUGGCUGGCCAAGCACGGGUGCCACGAGGAGCUCAUCCUGGUGUACGACUUCGCCCAGCGCCGGGGGCUGCAGCUCGACGUGAGCGCCUCGGGCAGCGGCGGCCUCACGCCCCUCCACCUGGCGGCCCUGCAGGGCCACGACAUGGUCAUCAAGGUGCUGGUGGGCGCCUUGGGGGCUGACCCCACGCGCCGCGACUACAGCGGCCACCGGGCCUGUCACUACCUGCGACCCGACGCGCCGCGGAGCCUGCGGGAGCUGUCGGGGGCCGAGGACUGGGAGACGGCGGGCGGCAGAGGGCGGAACAACGCCAACAACAACAGCAGCGGCUGCGCCGCCGCGUGGACGCUGCGACGGACCCCGAGCGCGGUGGGCGCGACCGCCGUGGAGAAGAACUACACGCCCCGAAAGGAGAAGGACUACGCGGGCAGCCGGGUGGCACAAAUUCAGGGCCUUUUCCGCCAAAUAUUCCCCUUCUUCCAGGACCGGUGAGGGCGACGGAGACCGGAGAGCGCGGAGGGACCGCGACGCCGCGUCGAGGCCUCGGUCUCCGGUUGUCUCCGGCCCCGCCCGAAGGGGCGGCAGCUCGGGCCGAAGCCGAGCGCGCUGGGCCUGCAAGCGGCGGACCACCUCCAGUUUUGUCUCAGGUACCUGUCCCAGGUCUUCUACGGCCACCGGCCAGGAGACCUGGGGACCAGGGUACCCUCACCGAGACAGCAAAGACCAAGCCGCCCUGACGCCGAGUCCCAAGACUACAGGACUACGGAGUUAGGAGCGGGAGUGCCGUCCUACGUGGGAGAGGAAAACUUAACGCUUCCAAGAGCCAUUUCUGGGCAGGCAGAAGCUCUGGGUUUAUUAGGAAGCACUCGCUUAGAAGAACGAGUUAAGACUAUAAACCACGGAUAACAGAGGAAACACCUAACUGAAGGCUUGACUCGGCUGUUCCUGCGGGCAGAGUCACCCUUCCCCCCAACCUGCUCCUGACACCUCCAGGCUUUUACGGGUACUUUUUCUAAUGUAUCACGGAUGACUUCUUGAGCAUAUUAAAGCGGAGUAUGUUUUCCUUUCACAUGACAAA